AUGAGCGGCUCGGGAGUCAAAACCCACGCCCUCGGCGACUUCCAGCUGACCUCGGGCGAGAUCCUCCCGGGCGCCUUCAUCGCCUACGAGACCUUUGGCGAGCCCAGCAGCCCGGCAAUCAUCUACCCGACGUGGUACUCGGGGAGCAUCUCGGACAACCACUGGCUCGUGGGACCGGGGAGGGCCCUGGACCCGGCCCGGUACUACAUUGUGAUCCCGGCGCUGUUCGGCGGCGGCCAGUCCUCCAGCCCGAGCAACAUGCCGCACCUCGCGGGGACCAGGCCCUUCCCCGACGUCACGUUCCGCGACAACGUCACGGCGCAGCACCGCCUGGCGACCGAGCACCUCGGCAUCUCGCGCGCGCGCGCCGUCCUGGGCUGGAGCAUGGGCGCCGCCCAGACCUACCAGUGGCUGACGCAGUACCCGGACUUUAUGGAUCUCGCCGUGCCCUUCUGCGGCAGCGCCAGGACGAGCCUGCACAACCAGGUCUUCCUCGAGGGCGUCAAGAGCGCCCUGCUGGCCGCCAAGGGCGCCUCGUCCGCCGGCAGCUGCGCCGGCGAGAACGGCUCCGCCGGCGGGUAUCGGACUUGGACGGCCCAGGAAAGGGUCACGGGUCUCAAGGCGCUCGGGAGGGUCUACGCCGGCUGGGGUUUCAGCCAGGCCUUUUACCGCGAGAGGCUAUACGAGGGUAUGGGAUACGGGAGCUUGGAGGAUUUCAUGGUCGGGUUCUGGGAGGCGUGGGCCUGCUCAAAAGAUCCGGAGAACAUGCUCGUGAUGCUCCACACAUGGCAGGCUGGAGACGUCUCCAAUCAAGAGCCCUACGGCGGGAGUUUCGAAUCGGCCAUGAAGGGCAUCAAGGCCAAGACUUUGGUGUUGCCUGGAAAGACUGAUCUGUACUUCCCACCGGAGGACAGCGAGCAUGAGGUGCAAUGCAUGAAAGAGGGCGUCGGGAAGUGCAUCGCUUUCCCAUCGAUAUGGGGCCAUUGGCAAGUAUCCCUUUUCACGAGUGCAUUUCGAGAAUGGAACGUGUUAACAUUUUCUUCUACGCAUAGGGCUGGAGGACCGGGACAAAGCAAGGUCGACGUGGAGUGGCUUGAUGAGAAGCUGAAGAUUUUCCUGGGAACUGGUGAAUUCCCGUAA